ACAGUCCCUGACUUCCUAAAGGGGAAACAUGUCUUUUUAAUCUGUGACUGUCUUCCUGCUCUCGGCAAAGCUCCGUGUGUUUGCUUCUGCAACGCACUUCACAAGACUACUCAGAAACUAUGGGGUCUGUCACUACUCUUUCAUCCCAGCAGUGCACGAUUUGUGCUUGUGAACUAUUUGAUCGGAACAGACAACACAAUAGCGGCAUCGAUCCUUCGCAGGAAAAUUUUUCCCAUUUCCACAGGCGAGCUUGGCGCUCCCCUUCUCCGACAGGCUAGCCGCAGCCAAUCACGGCUCAGGCCGGGGGCGGAGCCAGUGGAGAGCCGACACUUAAUUGGUGAUGGUCACUCUGAUUGGAUGACGGAAAAAGUAGAUUUGUCCUCAUUUGUGUCAACGACCGAGUCUUCUCCAAGCUCAUCCCUUCCACCCUCGCCAUUAGAACAAGAUGUCAAGGUGCCCUCGGAUCUGGAGGUCAUGACCUCUCUACUGCAGGAAGAGCUGGCUCAGCUGGAGGACUACUUCCGCUCCGAGUCUACAUCCACAUCAAACAAGUUGGAGAGAUCCUCAAAAUGUGACAGGGGUGCUCAAGCCAUGGGCUCCCAGUCUUAUUAUCAGUUACCCUGCCCUGUGGUUGUUACCUUGGCAACAGGGGAACUGGACCUGGCCAGCUUCUGUGGCAGUCCCAUCAGCAGAACCAAAAUUGCUCGACCCGCUCCAUACAACUACCAUCACCGCUACCACCACAACAACGGACGAAGAAUAAUCAGUGAGACAGUGAAAGUCGGUGAGGAAGUUGGAGUUGAUACAUGGGGCUCCAGAGGAAGUUACUCAGGAAGCACAGAGUUGUCUGUGAACCACUACUCCACACUGAAGACGGUGAACAAGAACUGCCUCGGUAGCAUCAAGAAGGUGAGAGAAUGUGCUUUAUCGUUGAAGGAAGAGGACAGUUAUUGUUUUUCAGAAGGAAUGUUUUGCAGCGAAGAGAUUGCUCGAGGUUUUUGUCUGGGUGGCUCGUACGAUAGCCACCACAAGCGAGAAGGACAGUUGAUGCACAACGUGAAGGUCAAUGUAAGUUAUGACAGCACGGGGCUUGAUGUCUUGCACUGCAGCAAAGAUGGAGGACUUUCUGGAAGUAUUCCCCAAGAGACAAUGGUGGCCGGUGAUGGCUACUUCCACCAGUCCAUGGCCAGCACAGAGCCUUACCAUAGCUUUAUAGGUGACCUAGAUCAGCCGUCACAAGCACAGGCUGUAGAGCCCCAACACGGCCACUACCUCUAUCCAGAAUGCCUUGCGGACCAAAGCUAUGAAUGUCUGUCCAGAGGUGAGGGCGAGGGGCCGCUGAUGGGCACCCCCAUCCACCGCCCCACUCAGAGGCUAAAGGAUGAGCCCUGCUCCAUCAAGUCAUCUCUGGUGAUGGGCGCCGUUUCUCUGGAUGCCAGCAGUGGAGAGCGUAAGCAGAAGAAGAGAGACCAGAACAAAACUGCUGCUCACAGGUACAGGCUGCGUAAGAGGGCGGAGCUGGACUCUCUGGAGGAGGAGCUGCACGGCCUCGAGGGGCAGAACCGGGAGCUUCGUGACAAGGCAGAGUCGGUGGAGCGAGAAAUUCAGUACGUCAAAGAUUUACUGAUCGAGGUCUACAAGGCUCGCAGUCAGCGGCUCAAACAGGAUGGCAGUGCCUAAAACACUCACGCUGACCUCACCUCCAAACCUCCCAACCAGCACCCAAGAGAAAAAUUGAGUCAAAAGCACCAAUUGUUUUUGGUCUCACAAACAUAAAAUGCUAGUUGCAUGAUUUUGGUAGUUCUUUUCUAAAAGAAUAUAUAUAUAUACACACAAUUGUUUCAAGAGGAUGGGCAAACAAAAACACACUUUUCCUAGAAAAACGAGAGAAAAGGAGACGUUUCCAAAUGCGUGACUAAACUCUCACGAGCCCUAGUGAGGUGGCUUGUAGAGGAGAUGCUGAACUUGUCCGCGACCACUGUGAUCCGACCUGCACUCACAGCCUUGUGAUGACUCAGUCUGCGUUUGCGACGAUUGAUCGUUUACAAAAUGCUCUUUGAAUUAGUAGUAGUGAUUGAAUUUGCUUGUGGUUUUUGUGACACACAUCAGCAGCGUCGAGGCAGAUCCGUUCUAAAUACAGUAUAUAUUUUAUUUUAUAUUUUAUUUUUACUUAAUAAUGUUCAUUUAUCAUUUGCUUAAACAAUCAACUGAGUAAAGGAAUAGCUGGAAAAAGCGUGUAACAUGCUCUACAAAUAUUCAUCAACAGAAACAUUUAGAGAUUUGUAUUGCUAAAACGUUGAGUAUUUACACUUUAGCCCUCUGAAAUACCCAGUGCAUGUUUGGUUUUGGAACAGCAUGUGUGAGUGUUAUUUGAAGGCAAUAUUCUGUUAACUGCAUGGCUUCAAGAUUUCCACCACGUUGAUUUAACUGAGUUGACUUUCUUCUUCACAUCAACUGGUGACUUUUCCUUCGCCAGUGGGAUUCAUGCUCAGGUUUAGGUUUCCUGCUCUGAGAAGCACGAAAACAUUCACUGGCUUUUCUCCUUUCUCUUUGCUUCUCUCUCGGCUGUAUUUUGCGAACAAACAAUCACCUGUUGAUGCAACAAUAAAUUGCUGUUGGGUAACAGUACGACUUCAUGGGAAUUUUGUUUUCAAUUGAUCAAUUUGAUGUAUCUGAAAUUCAGGUUUGUUUAAUAAUUGAUGUCAAUGUCAGGAAAUUAUACAUCAGGUCAAUUACAGCCAAAUAAAAAUAAGUUAUGUAGUAUCA